CAUGGCCCCAGGCGCGGUGUCGACGCAGGAUGUCGACCACCUGCCCAUCGAUCUGAAUGGCAAGAAAUCAAACGGCGCCAGCAAUGGCCAUGUCGCGAACGUUGACGACAUUCAGCUGGAGGAGAAGAGCAAAACAGAUCACGUUUUGAACACAUUCAGAUGUUUAAUCGCAGAUCUGUGCCAUCAGUUCGGAUGUGGGCAUCCAGGAUCCGCUAUGGGAAUGGCAGCAAUUGGAGUCGCUCUUUGGAAAUACGUGAUGAAGAUCUCUCCAUCCAAUCCCGACUACUUCAACCGAGAUCGAUUCGUACUGAGCAAUGGCCACGCAUGUCUGUGGCAAUACUGUUUCCUCCACUUGGUCGGUUUCGAGCGGAUGACCUGGGAGCAGCUCCUCACAUAUCACUCCGUGAGAUUUGACUCGAUAACACCCGGCCACCCCGAGAUCGAAAUCGACGGUGUCGAGGUUACCACUGGUCCACUUGGACAAGGUAUUGCCAAUGCCGUUGGUCUGGCGAUGGCUACCAAGCAUCUCGGUGCUCAGUACAACAGGCCGGGCUAUGAGUUGGUCAACAACAUGACUUGGUGCACAAUCGGAGAUGCAUGCUUGCAGGAGGGUGUUGGUAUGGAAUCAAUCCAGCUUGCGGGUCACUGGAGGCUCAACAACCUUUGCGUAAUCUUUGAUCGCAACGAGGUGACCUGUGACGGCACUGUCGACAUUGCCACAUCUGACGACCACAACAUGAAGUUCCGUGCUUGCGGCUGGAAUGUCCUUGAAGUGGAAGACGGUAACAACGACGUCGAGGGCCUCGUCAAGGCCAUGAUCCAGGCGCGUGCCUCCAAGGACAAGCCAACUGUAAUCAAUGUCCGCACCACUAUCGGCCACGGGUCUGAAAAGGCCGGUCAAGCAUCCACUCACGGUGCCGAUCUGGGCGAAAAAGACGUCGCCUACGUGAAGAAGUUCUUCGGCAUGGACCCAGAGAAGACCUUCCAGAUCGACGACGAUGUCUACUCAUACUUCCGCGAGGUUAAGUCACGAGGCAAAGAUCUCGAGAAGCAAUGGAAUGAACUCCGCCAGGGCUACACCAAGGAGUACCCCGAGCUGGCUGCCGAAUUCGACAAGCGCGUCAAGGGCGAGAUGAUUGAAGACUGGACCAAACUCAUCCCCAAACCCGAAGACUUCCCCACAGAAGACACUCCCACCCGAAAGACUGCCGGCCAGGUCAUGACGGCUCUGGCAUCCAAAAUCAACACCUUCAUGGUCGGCACCGCCGAUCUCACGCCCUCCGUCAACCUCUCGUGGAAAGACAAAGUCGACUUCCAAAACCCAGACCUCCGCACCGUCUCCGGACCCAACGGCACAUACGAAGGUCGCUACAUCCACUGGGGCAUCCGCGAACAAGCCAUGACCGCCUGCUCCAACGGUCUCGCCGCCUUCAACCGCGGCACCAUCAUCCCCGUCACCUCCUCCUUCUUCAUGUUCUACAUCUACUGCGCCAACGGCGUGCGCAUGGGCGCGCUCCAAAACCUGCAAGCAAUCCACAUCGCCACCCACGACUCCAUCGGCACCGGCGAAGACGGUCCCACCCACCAACCCAUCGAACUCGCCGCCCUCUACCGCGCAAUGCCCAACUUCCUCUACAUCCGUCCCGCAGACGGCGAAGAAGCGGCAGGCGCCAUGAUCGCCGCCCUCAACGCCCCCUCCACCCCGACCAUGAUCUCCGUCUCCCGGCAAAAAGUGCCCCAAUACCCCGCCCACUCCUCCCGCUCCGGCGUCCAGAAAGGCGCCUACGUCUUCCUCGAAGAACCCGACGCCGCCGUCACCCUCAUCGGCAUCGGCGCCGAACUCCAAUUCGCCGUGCAAACCCACGAAAUCCUGCUCCAAACCCACGGCAUAAAAUCCCGAAUCCUCUCCUUCCCCUGCCAACGCCUCUUCGAACAACAGUCCACAGCAUACAAACGUCAAGUCCUAGGGACGGCCCCGAGGUUCGUGAUCGAAGCUUACGCGCAGAAUGGGUGGGAAGGGUAUGGAGAUGCGGGGUACCAUAUGCAUACGUUUGGCCAAUCCUUGACGGGGAACGUGGUGUAUGAGAGGUUUAAUUUUCAUGGGGAGAAGAUUGCGGGCAAAGUGAAAGAGUUUUUGGCGGAUGUGGAGAGGGAGGGGUGGCAGGGGAUUCGGGGGUUGUAUAGGGAUUAUAAUGAUUAUGAGGAGGGGGUGCAGUUUGCUGCUUAUCAUAAGAAGAAGAAGUAG